AAUAAAAACAACAAAAUGAUUACCAUGAACGAAUUGGUGGAUUUAAGAAUGCAACAACAAAUUGCCCAAGAGAUUAUUUAUCGCCAACAAAUAAUGCAACGGAUACCCGAUCCAUUUGCCGCUGCCAUGAUGCCCUCCAUGCAUUUGCCACCCCACAUGUUGAUGCCGGCCCAUCCCCCACUACCCGGCGUCGAGGCUAAAUUGGAGAACAAAGAUUUAUGGCAACAAUUCCACAAGAUCGGCACAGAAAUGAUUAUCACCAAGACUGGAAGACGUAUGUUCCCCUCUAUGCGUGUCUCCCUUAAAGGCCUCGAAGAAGAAUCUCAAUAUUGUGUUCUCAUCGAAAUGGUUCCAGUGGGAGAUUGCCGUUACAAAUUCUCUGGUUCCCAAUGGGUACCAGCCGGUGGUGCUGAACCUCAAUCACCCCAAAGAAUGUAUCUGCAUCCCGACAGUCCAGCCACCGGUUCCCACUGGCAAGCCCAACCAAUUCUCUUCAAUAAAGUGAAGCUGACCAACAACACUUUGGAUAACAAUGGCCACGUUGUCUUGGCCAGCAUGCACAAAUAUCAACCACGUAUCCAUGUCAUACGCACCAAUGACUUGUCACAAAUCCCCUGGGCUCCACAACAGGCCUUUGUAUUUCCCGAAACCGAAUUUGUGGCCGUCACAGCCUAUCAAAAUGAUCGCAUCACCAAGCUGAAGAUUGACAACAAUCCCUUUGCCAAGGGUUUCCGUGAAACCGGUCAAUCCAAGUGCAAAAGGAAAAUGUCUCUGUCGCCAGCCUUGUCCGACGAUCAGAAUGCCAACAGUUCGUCACAAACCGAUGAUGAUCAAUCGAGCAUUGCCAGCAGCCAGGAUUCCCCACCAUCUCAGAACAAACGUUUCUGCAGUCGUGAAGAACCCCUACCCUAUAUGGAUUUGAAUGGGGCCAUGCGCUAUGCCAUGCAACAGCAAUCGGCUGCCUCGGCUUUAAUGAACGAAUUUGCGCCGGCAUUUUUCCCACAAAUGCCGUCGGUCGUUGUACCACCAUCAUCAUCCAUGUACAUGAAUCAUGCUGCCUCAUAUAUGGAUGCCAUGGCAAUGCAACAACGUCUGCCCUUCCAUUAUCAACAUCAGAAUUCCGGCCAGUCGGACAACGAAGAAAGCUCCAGCGUGGCGGAACAAGCCAAUGAGCUGUUUGUGGAUGUUGUCAGCACCUCAUCAGAGGAUUAUCAGACACAACACAAUACAACACCCUCAGCAUCACCUGUUAGUAAAUCGAGUCAAUCGCUGCCACAAACACCAGCUUCCGUAGCAUCGCCAUGUGGCCCCAAACGCUCGAAUUCCUCCGAUUCGUUGUUAUCCUGUGAUAUGCCAACAAAACGUUCAAGUUUCAGUAUUUCUUCCAUCUUGGGAAGUAAUACACGAAAUGUGGUGACUGUUUAA